AUGAGUCAAGACAUAACCGAAUUGAAAGCUUUUAAGGAAGAAGUAAAUUCUAACUUGCAAAACCAAGGAGCUGCCAUCCAGAAGCUAGAAAAUCAAAUUGUGUACUUGUCUAAACAAACCCCUGGGCCAAGCGUUUCUCAUGCUGCCAAGGCUAUUGCAAGGGAAGAGUGUAAGGCCAUAACCCUCAGAAGUGGAAAGAAGCUAAAGGAGAUCUCAAAGGAAACCACAGAGGAUGAAGCAAAGGAAAAUGUGAGAGAUAAGGAACAGGGACAAUCUUUUACACCGUCUGCAACAAAAGAAAAAGAAAAAGAGGUCCUGAAGCCUUAUACACCUAAAGCACCAUAUCCUCAACGUUUGAUGAAAAGUGAGAAGGAUGGCCAAUUCUCCAAAUUCUUGGAGAUUUUCAAGAAGCUUCAAAUCAACAUUCCGUUUGCUGAGGCAAUGAGUUAUCCAUCAGAAUCACUGAAAGAAUGCAUGAGGGUGGAUGUAGUGGACAUUACAAUACAAGAAACCUUUGAGGAAACAACAAAGGAAGUGACAGAGGAGGAGUUCACAAAGGAUAUUGAAGUUAGUGACAUCAAGGCUGCUGAAACAACCAUGCCAAGCAUGCUAGAUAGAGUGAAAGGAGAGAAGGAAGCACCAAAACUUGAGCUCAAAGCAUUGCCCCCUAAUCUCAAGUAUGCAUACUUGGGUAGUGGUGAGAGCCAUCCUGUUAUCAUUACUCUGCCCUGA